GAUCAACGCGUCAAGUAGAUGGUAAUAUACUCCUUUGAUAACUGAAGUGGUAUGUGCACACCUACACAUAUAGUCAAAAUACAGUGAAAUUGCUAUCCAAUUCGAGCCUAUCCACAGAAAACAGUAAUUGCGUAAUUGGAUUGAAGUGAAAUGUCUUCUGGUUCGUUAAAAGAUUUAUGGGAACACGCCGAGAAUAUUCAAAAACAGGGAAAUCCUCAACGUUUUCAGGAAUUGGUUACUGAGUACGCUCAAUGCCUAGAUUUAGUUCAUAAGCUCUCGCUCUUUAGCAACAAUGAGGACUUAGAAGAAGUGAAAACAAACGAGUUAAAGUUCAUGCUCGUGCCUUUCAAAUAUGCCAAGGUGCUGCAAGAUUGGUCUCGUGAAGAACGGCUCGGUUACUUAAAACAAGCAGAAAAUCUGUAUCAGUACUUUCUGCAACUAUGUGAAGACUACAAGAUUGUAAGCCCAAAAGCCAGUGUUCCAAAAGACGCAGCUUUCACUCGCCAGGCAAAGAUUGAACAUUAUAAGCAGAAAAAGCAACUUAAUGCUCAAAUUCGAUCUCUUGAAUCUUCUUUAAGCACAAGCGAUGAAGAGGAUGUACGAGAGUACUGGCUUACCGUGCUUAAAAUGGCUGUGGAAGAUACAUAUGAUAAUCUUGAGAGUCUGCAGCUGGAAGUAUCUCUUUUGCAAUCGCGGCCUCAACCAGGAGAACAAAAACGACUUGAAGAAAGAGACGAACGUGACAAGGAGCGUCUUGAAAAGAAAGAAAAGGCCAGUGAUUGGAAGUUGGACGAUCUCUCCAAGUUUACUGGUCUCUUAGAUAAAACCGGGAAGCCGUUGCGUCCGUUUACCAUCUUGCCAGACAGAAAACAGCAAGCAAAGGGCGUUUUUCGCCCCGAUUACAAUUUACCUACCAUGACUCUGGACGAAUACAUUGACGAAGAGAUGCGGCGCGGAAAUAUCAUUAGUCAGAAUGACAAUAAGGGCGAAACUAAUGAUCAAGAGGAAGAAGACACUGACGAGAAAGCCGAUGCGAAAACGAUGAAAGCACGCCGAUGGGACGAGUUCGUGGAAGCGAAUCCUCGCGGAAUUGGCAAUACGAAGAUGAACAGAGGUUAAGGAAUUGCACAGCUCAGACAAUUGAAAUACUAAUUUGGUCGGCUACUGGUUUCUUCCGACAGCAAUUAGUAAAAGCUAAUUCAGCUAACUCAGCUGUUCGUAAAACAACAAAUCAUAUUGCGACGCUACAAUGUUGUCCAAUCUCAUACCUUACUGUUGCCGUCUUUCUUUACGUUUUAUUCAUCAACAUCUUCUUCCCUAACUAAUUGUAUUAUUCUUUCUUUUGUACUUUUCUUUCUGCUUCUCGUUAACUCAUUUUAACGA